AUGGUAGAAGAAAGUCGGAAGUUUGCUGAGCGAAAUGGCAUUCACGAAGCUCGCGACUCCAAAAAGAUGAUCGACGCUCUUAGAGGCUUGCCAUGUUCCAAGUUCGCGCUGUCAUUGAUGGAAAAUAUGGAGAAGCCAAGUGUGGCAAGUAGUUGUGCCGUCGGUCCACGUCUCGACUUUGAUUUCAUUCCAAAGAGCGUCAGUGAGUUGCGGAAGGAGGCGCCGGCGAAGCCAAUGCUCAUAGGGUGCUCUGCUUCUGAGGGCCUUAUGUUCUUAGGGUUUGGAAAGGACCACUCUGUCAGUGCGAUUAUGAAUUAUGUUUCGCAACUUGUGCCUGAGAAGGAGUACCCUCGCACGUUCAAGAAGUUGCGAGAGGAAGUUUUCGAGAAACUAGUCUCAAAUCCCGCCAUUACUCUUGAGGUGACACGAGCCUUAGCCGAGGUUUCGUUCGCUUUCCUUUGCUUUCGACAAACGUGGAACUCAUUCGAUCUUUCCAGGUCCUUCGGCGAUCUUUUCGUGAACGUUGGAGUACAAACGACGAUUCUGGAGACGUUGGAAGCACAUGAUGCUCCCGUGUAUUUCUAUUCAUUCGAUUACUACAACCCUAAAAGUUGGGGACCGCUCGCAAUGCGGUGGCCCUUCAAAGAUGCAACACAUUGCACUGAGUUGGCCUACAUCUUCGCUGUGGGGAUUAUCUGGAAUUACGAGUUCAACCAUGACGACAAAAAGAUGUUGGAAUUGACGACAAGAAUGUGGACGAAUUUCGCUAAAUAUGGAGAUCCCAACGGAGUAGCCGAUGACCCGAGCUCGUCCCUAGGUUUGUUAAGUAAACAGGCGUUCACAUGGGAGCCGGCAACGCUUUCCAAUCCUCAGAAUCACCUUUCCAUUACACUUCGACCGGAGAUGAAAUCCGAGUACAAGAAAGGCAGGCCUUUGUUCAUCUCACAGAUGCGGCGGUCCAAGUCCAAACCUGAUGCAAUAUGA